CAUCUGCAGCUUUCCUUUCCUUUUCAGAGGCGCUCUGGAAGGCAGGGUGUCUUAGGCAUGGGCCAGAGAUGUUGCUGCCGCUGCCGCUGCUCUGCCCCUGCUGUCAGGAGAUGAGUAGGCUGAGAGGGUGAGAGGUUCUCCUCAGGGGAGGUUCUGGAGCUUGAAGCUGAGUCUCCCCCUCCCCCAGGGUCCCGGACUCAGAGCUUGAGAGUCAAGCUGGAGCUAAAGGAAUCCGUGACAGUGCAGGAGAGCCUGUGUGUCCUUGUGCCCUGAAAAUUUUCCUACCUUAGGGGUUCCUAUGGAUACCGCCACAUGUUUUGGUUCCGGGAAGGGGCAAAUAAAAACCAGUGUCUUCUGGUGGCCAGAAACAAACCAGAACAGAAGGUGCAGGAAAGGACCCAGGGCCGAUUCUUCCUCCUCAGUGAUUCCCGGGUCAACAACUGUUCCCUGAGCAUCAGCGAUGCCGACAUGGAAGACAGUGGGAUGUACUUCUUUCAAACGGAUAAUGCAACAGCCCUGACUCAAUCACCCAACAUCCAGAUCCCAGGAAUCCUGGAGUCUGGCCACCCCAGGAAUCUGACCUGCACUGUGCCCUGGGCCUGUGAACAGGGGACACCCCCCAUCUUCUCCUGGAACUCAGCCGCCCUCACCUCUUUGGGUCCCCGGGCCCACCUCUCCUCAGUGCUCACCCUCUCCCCAAGACCCCAGGACCAUGGCACCAGCCUCACCUGUCAGGUGACCUUCCCUGCAGUUGGUGUGACUGUGAAGAGGACCAUCCAGCUCAAUAUCUCCUGUGAGUGCUGAGUGGGGUCAGCUGGGUGGCUGAGAGUGUAGGGCCAUGGUUGGGCUCGGUCAGGGAUUGACAAUUGGGACCUGGUAGCCAAGCAGGAAGGCUUCUGAGAGAAAGGCCCAAUGCCCACUCAUUUCUCACCAUGGAUGAUGAGGCUGCCACAUCUUCUGUCCCAGAUGCUCCACAGAACAUGGUCCUCACAGUCUCCCAAGGAAACAGCACAGGUAGGAAAGAACUUCUCCUCUCCAGGGCUAGAAUAGAAGCAGAGUCUCCGGCAGCUCCGGACAGACCUUAGGUCUCAGAGCUCCAACUAACCAAGGACUGCAUAGUGUAGAAGAAACCAGUUGUCUUAGUUAUCUAGUGCUGCUAUAACAGA